AUGAGUAUCCAACGUUCACCUAUAACCAAAUCUAGUGACAAAAUGAAUAUUAUUAGUGGGAAUAGUAGUUCCCAGCCUGAAAUGUCAAUCAUUGCAGCAACUGAGCACGAAUAUAAAAAUGUGUCACAAAGCAAAAGAAAAGUGCCUGAGGAUGAUUUCUCGGUCCAAUUCAAUGAAUUUAAAAAGGAAAUUAUAGGAGUGUUAAAGGAGUUUGGCUCUUCAGAGCACCGUACAUGCCCCUUACCAUCAGGACGUCCUAAACCGAUAGCGAAUAGUUAUGCAGAUAUAAUGACCGAAGUUCAAGAGCGUUUAGAGCGCGCCAAGAAUAUAAUAAUCGCUGGCAUUUUCGAACCACAUUCAGAAAAUAUGGAAGAAAAGAGGGAAAAAGAAAGAUUUGAAGUGAUGAAAGUACUAUCAGGCAUCUAUGCACUUACCCCCCAACCAGAAAGAAUAAUGCGCCUAGGCAAGUAUGAUGGAAAGAAAACGCGCCCACUAAAAGUUUGCUUUUUAACUCCAGAUAUAGCAAAAACCUUAUUGAAAAUAAAUUUAACUACAAAGUAA